AAUGACAUUGUCUUGCUCAGUCGAGAUGACGUGAGCGAUUACAACGAAGCCAAUAUCCUCCCUCAAUCACCUGAGACUCUCAGCAAAAUCAAGCAAUGGCUUUCUCCAACUGACUACGCUGCGGUCAAUGGAGAAAACUACAAGCAUCUUAAUUCUCACGUUGCUGGAACGGGCUCCUGGCUCUAUUCGACGAAUCUCUACAAGCAAUGGCAUGGCUCAGAAGUCGAGGGAUUACUUUGGCUCAAAGGCAUCCCCGGAUCAGGAAAGUCUGUCUUUGCCGCUACAUCAAUUCAGCGAUUACAACAAGAAGAAGUACCAGUUCUUUACUUCUUCUUCCGGCAGAUCAUACGUGCCAACUAUGAGCCAACAGCUCUGCUACGAGACUGGCUUGUCCAGAUUCUGCCCUACAGUCCGCCGCUCCAAGCCAGGCUUAAGGAGUACCUUGACGAACGGCGAACAAUUGAGACAUUGUCCAUUACGGAAAUGUUCCAAGAUCUUCGGCUAGCCUGCACAUAUCUGCCCAAAGUUUACUGUGUCAUAGACGCGCUAGACGAGAUGAACCUGGGCAAUGACCAGUUUCUGCACGAGUUAGCCAAAUUCGCAUCUUGGCGGCCGCUUAAGAUUAAAAUAAUAAUAACUAGUCGGCCUGUACCGGCAGUUGAGAUGCCACUUAGAUUGUACCCUACGCUGCAAGUUCGCCUUCAGCAACAAUUGGUGGAUCACGAUAUUGCGGUUUAUGUACAAAGUCUGCUGACUGAAUCUGAUAUUCCUGAACAAUAUCAAAACAAAAUCAAGGAAGCCAUCACCGAAAAAGCCAACGGAAUCUUCCUCUACGCUAAGCUAGUUAUGGAACAAAUCAUGGAACCGAAUGCCAACAUACAGCACAUUCUCGAAGCUCUACCCGCCAAUCUAAACACCAUGUACGCCAAUCUUCUGAAAGAGCAUUCCCAAAGGUCUGGCAUACCACCUCAUGUGCAGCUCCUAGUCCUCCAGUGGGUGACCCACGCAAAUCGCCCUCUCCGACUCCUUGAAAUGUCGGAAAUGCUCACCGUGACGCGUCAACUAGAUGGAGUCAGCGAGCUUAAAGAGGCCAAAGACAUUGUUCGAGCCAUUUGCGGGUCGCUUCUAGAGAUUCUCCCAGAUGAGACUGUUUCUGUGGUACACCACUCUCUCACUGAAUUCCUAAAAGGGUCAACACGCUCUCUUACUCAGGGGAAACCAGCAAAUGAGUAUGACUUGCUUGAAUCUGGUCCAACACACGCCAGGUUGGCUCUCGCAUGUCUUUCUUAUCUUAAUUCAGGGUGUCUGGAUAGCUACGAAGUAGACAAGAGCAAACUUCAUCAAAACUUCUGGAAAACUAGGAAACUUGAUCAGAACCUAAGGCUAGAGCACCCUUUUGCCGAGUAUGCAACCUUUAAUUGGCAUAUACACAUAUCCAAGGCCGGAUUAAUGGCUGCGAAUCAGCCAGAACUGAGCAAGUUGCUGGAUGAUUUCCUCAAAGGAAACCGCUUCUUGGUCUGGCUGACUCUAGAAUGGCCGAAUCAUCACAUUGAAGGCAUAUCUCCUCUACAUGUUGCCGCUUACUUCGGUCUGACGAAUUACAUGCAGGAGCUCCUUAAGAGGGCAAACACAAACGUCAAUGUCGUCAAUGAGAAUGACGAAAGUCCCAUCUACUGGGCUGCAUACAAUGGACACGAUAACGCAAUCAAGCUUCUCCUAGAGUAUGGUGCCGAGUCAAACAAAUAUAGCGAUAGCGGCUUGACGCCUUUACACGAAGCUGCAAAACGCAACCAUGCAGCAGCAGCACAAGUCCUACUUGCUUCUGGGGUUGAUCCCCUAACUCCUAGGACAGAUCCUCAAGCCAAAAGAGGGGGUUAUGCCGCCCGCAGAUCCACUGGCCGGACGCCGGUCCAGUAUGCCUGCAAGAAUGGGCAUGAUGAGGUGGUAGCAAUAUACCUGCCCUUUCUCAAGGAUAUCAACACUGUAUAUCAAGCAUUGCAUUUGGCAGCUGAGUCUGGUCAGGCAAAAGUUGUGGAGUGCAUCCUGAAGCACCCGGGCAUAGAUGCGGACUCCUUCGUGUCCAAUCAUACAGCACUAUACUAUGCUUGUAUGUCGGUCGACCCUCGGACUAUACAAGUCCUUCUAAAAGCCGGAGCCAAUCCGAAUGUUUUGGUAGAGCCGUCCUUUUAUCAACGCCUUAGCGAAAUUCAUGGUGCAAAAGAUUUGGACCCGAACCAGCCUGGUUCAAAACGCAUGAUUACAGCUCUCCACGUGCUGUGUACCAGCAUUGGACAGAAUAGUCGACCAAGCAUGGACAAUCUACGACAAUGUUUCGAGCUGGUUCAGGAGGCUGGGGUUGGUCUAGAGCAGCGGGAUUGCGAAGGCAAGACAGCUCUACACAGUUUAUUCUCGAGUAACUCUGGUGUGGCAUCUGAAGAAGUUUUUGUCUUACUGCGGCUACUUCUCAGUGCAGGCGCCGACGCAAACACAACAAGCAAUAAUGGAGAUACACCAUUGCACGGAAAUCCUACUAGCAAAGAUGCCAUCCGUCUACUUAUCGAAGAAGGGGGCGCAGAUAUCAACAAGCGAAGAUCUUCAGAUGGCAAAACGCCGCUUUUAUGUCUUCUCGCCUCCCAGUCACCAGAAAUGUCGUUAGAAUUCUUGUCCUUCGGCCCAGACUGUAAUGCCGUGGAUAACGAUGGCAACGGCGCUCUUCACGUCGCCUUAGGUUAUUGGAAUACAAAUCGCGAACUGAUUGUUGCUCUCUUAGCAUUAGGAGCUGACCCAAAUGUCAAGAACCACAAGGGCCAGACGGCGUUGCACAUUGAGGGUGUGCAAGAAAGCUUGAUUGGCCCCUUAGUAGAAUCUGGCGCAGAUCUUGAAGCUCGAGAUUCCAAUGGCCAUACACCUCUAUUUCAGAGGGUAAGCGCGCAUUUCCACAUUGGAAAUCCCAACACAACCAAAGUUCUCCAAACUUCUGUGGAAUUGGGAGCAAAAACCGACUGCCGUGACAACAAAGGUCGAACAUUGCUCCAUGAAGCUGUCCGCUGCGAUGCUUAUGACCGUCUUAAGUACUUCCUGGACCUUGGGAUAAGUCCGCAUGUCCAAGAUGAGGCGGGGAAUACUUUGUGGCAUGAAGCAAUCCUCACUCGGUCUUACCCAGCCCAACAGAUUACCUCUCAUCUCAAUAAGCCGGUACCAGAUAUGUAUGAUCUGCUGGCCGAUAUUGGGGUUAAUCCCGACGAACCAAACAAUCAGGGCAGAACCCCUCUACAUAUCGCCUCCAGUAUAGACGUUCAGAAAUCUAUGAGUCCAUAUGCAAAGCUCCCCAUGGACUACUUGCUAAGCAUUUGUAAGAAUAUGAACCCGGUUGACGGUGAUGGCAUAACACCCCUCCAUUUUGCUGCGACUAUCUCCGAGUAUCAUGUCGCUGCACUCCUUAGAGCUGGAGCAAAUGCAGCUGCUGUAACUCCUGAUGGGUUGACUCCGUUGCACCUCGCAGCUCGCGCUUGUCAGUCAAACAUCGUUAAUAUGCUUCUAAAGGAUUUUGAAAGAGAACGCUCUUCAAAAGGCUCAACCACUUCAGCUCUCGUUGACUAUUUGGACAACAGUGGGCGAACCGCUCUUCACUACGCAUGCAGAUCCGGACGUCCAGAAGUGGUCGCAUCCUUACUUGCAUCAGGAGCUAAUACUAAUAUACGAUCGAAGGAUGGUAGAACACCACUACAAGAGUGUACGAAAUUUGAAAGCGAACAGGAACUUUGGCGAGGUUGUGGCUCGUCCGGCGACAGACAUCAUCGUCUCCGAGCUGCAGGUCUUAAGCUUGAUUACCAUGAAGCAGACGCACCUCUACGUUGGACUGAUCUAGAGGCACAUAAUGAAAAACAAAUUUCACCUGAGCGUAUUUCGAGUCGCGUUGACGAGAUACUAGAUAUGUUGAUCUCUCACGGACUGGAUGUCCAAACCAUCAAUGACUUCGGACAGAAUCAGCUUCAAGAAGCCAUUAGUCUUAUCCAGAGCCCAUCAAUGGGUUAUACUAUAAGAUGCUUCUUGGAUUUAGCCGAUAAGUUGGAUCCAGAUCUAUAUAAAAGUGAUAUUGAAUACCUUUCACGUCUUCAUGAGCAGGCGAAGACAAUCGCGGCGUCUCAAGAACCUGCUCCUACAUGUACCAUACAUCCACAUUGCCGUGAGCCUGAACUUGAUAUGUUCUUGAAAUCACGAGAGUACAAUCGCAUAGAAGAUCUCCAUCGAGAAGGUGCGGACUUCACUCAACCUAGCCAGACAAAUGGUACUCAGUGGCAUAGUUUGGUCCGUGGAGGAUAUGAGCGGCUCCUCGAGAAAUUAUGCACUCAUGAGGUUGUAGAAAAGUUUGAAGAUGCGAAAUGGUGCAAAAGCUGGCAGAAUGCUGCACCAAGAGGCCCCUUUGGCCGCCGAAUCAUUGGCCCGCUCCUGAUAGCCGCAUGCAGCAGCAGCACACCUAAUAUGGAGGUGGUCAAAGUCCUUGUUGAGACGUUGAAAGCCGACGUCAAUGCGCAAGUCUAUACACAAAUCUGGAAUGAAGGAAAUGACGUGAUACAAAAAGGAGAGAGUGCGCUUCAUGUCUUGGCCAAAUGCCACCAUUGGUGGCAGGUUCAUCAGGCACUUCCUUAUCUUAUAAGUCAUGGAGCCAAUAUCAACUUGAAAGACGAUGCUGGGAGGACGCCUCUGCACAUCGCAUUAGAGACGAAAUGGAGAAAUACUCCCAUCAUCACUUCUUUCCAAGAGGAAGCAGCUCGGAUACUCGUCAGCGCCGGUGCAGAUAUUCACGCAAGCGACAAUACGGGCAUGAGCUGUCAGACUAUGGCAGCUACGAGUAGUAAUCCCAGAAUGAUGCAGAUUAUUCUUCCGCCAGGAACCACACUAGACAUCUCGGCCUUAUUCAUUGCAAUCGAAGAAUGCAACGAUCAAAUGUUUGAGCGACUGGUGUCACUCAACAUAGAUUUAAACCAGAGAUGCGACAUAAAGUUUUCCUCAGAACACAAUCCUGCAACUCAAGCUGAUGUCCCCAAUCGUGGCUUUGGUUUAUUUUCUACUAACACUACGAAUUCCGCGAAACCAGAUGAUAAGUCGAAAUACAUUCGCAUGAUGCAGCUGCUUCUCUCUCAUGGCGUGGACAUUUAUGCCAGGUUUAACAAGGCCGUCCGGGAUACCAAGACUCCUCUUGUGGCAAUGGCGUCUACCAAUGAGGUAAUUAACGAUUCCGAGAAGGGUAGCGUAGGCAAACGACCUCCCCAGGGCUAUCACUAUGAGGAAUGCACCGUCAUCCACGAGUUAUUAGAGAAAAGCAAAUUUAUUCAAGACAUGGUUGACUGGGAAUCUCUGGACCUGGAACAUCGUGACGAUAAAGGCAGGACGUUGCUGCUGGCAGCAUGCCGGAAUAAAUUGCUCACCGACAAUAUGGUUACCACGAAGCUCAUAGAGCAGGGAGCCGAUCUAUCAGCCCGUGAUAACGAUGGCAAAAAUGUCCUGCACCACAUCUUUGAGUCUCAUGCGCCACCCGAAGUUUGUAGACGCAACGAGUUGGUGAAAUUAAUGCUAUCCAAGCGUCCGGAGCUUAUACACGAGGAAGAUAGCAAGGGCAACCUACCAAUCAACUGUGUUCGGCCCGGCUUCUGCUCUUCACCUGCAUGGCACUUCCGAGGGGAGCCCUGCAAAGAUAUUGUCGACAUCCUUUUAGAUGCUGGUUCAGACCCAUUGCAUCCAGACGCCAACGGCAAUUUGCCUAUACAUUUUCUAGGUCACCGCCCAAAGCAUGCAUUAUUUCAGCGCUUUCUUGACAUGGGCAUUCCAAUCGACAUACGCAAUACAAAAAAUGGUAACACGCCAUUAUUCAUUGGCCUGCAGGGCUUUGGCUUACAGAGCUCGGCCUUACAGAUUUCUGGCUUACAGAGCUCAAAUAUCGAGCAACUGGCAUUCUACGAGGAUGCAGGAGCAGAUUUCAUGGUCCGCAACAGUGCGGGAGAGACUUUAUUACAUACUUUGGCAAGCUCGUCGUUCCUAGGUGGCUACUAUGGUGGAAGAACUAAAGACAAUAUUAUCAUUGCAAGAUUCAAAUUUCUGGUUGCGAAGGGCCUUGAUCCUCUAACUGAAGAUGGACGACAAAGAACAGCUCUUGAUGUUGCUGUAGCAUGUGAUAAUAACGGUCUUUUGGACUUCUUUAAGAAGUAA